AUGAGGAUCAUGAUGAACUCUACUCAGGUUUCAUAUUUCACACUUGCUACCUACUUUGACACCGGGGUUUUCAAAUAUUUAUAUUUCUUGAUUAUUUUGUCUUUGUAUGUUUUCAUAGUUUGUGCCAAUCUGUUGCUGAUUGUGGUUAUCUGUAUGAACAGGAGCUUACAUGAACCUAUGUACCUUUUUCUGUGCAGCCUGUUUGUAAAUGAACUGUAUGGUAGUACAGGGUUGUUUCCAUUCCUUCUGGUUCAGAUCCUCUCUGACAUUCACACUGUUUCUGCUCCCUUCUGUUUACUGCAGAUGUUCUGUGUGUAUACUUAUGGCAGUCUGUGUGGGAACAUCAUUAAUAUAGUUUACUGUGAUAACUAUUCCAUCAUGAAAUUGGCUUGCUAUGAAACAAGAGCAACAGUGCUGACCUACAUGUGCUAG